GCCACGUGUGGGAGAGGCUUGUCGCAGCCUGCUCCCGGCUGAAGCUGCUGCGGAGCCCCUGUCCACUGCUUCAUGUGAGUGACGUCGCGGAGGGUCCUGGGUUUUUCUGCCGUUUCAUGGCAAAAAUGGCAACUAACGAUGCAGUUCUGAAGAGACUGGAACAGAAGGGUGCUGAGGCAGAUCAGAUCAUUGAGUAUCUUAAGCAGCAAGUUUCACUUCUUAAGGAGAAAGCAAUUCUGCAGGCCACUUUGCGAGAAGAGAAGAAACUUCGAGUUGAAAAUGCAAAACUGAAGAAAGAAAUUGAAGAACUGAAACAGGAGCUAAUUCAGGCAGAAAUUCAAAAUGGGGUGAAGCAAAUACCAUUCCCUUCUGGCACUCCACUGCAACCCAAUUCAGUAGCACCUAAAAAUGUGAUCGAAUCAACACCAGUAACAGCUGUGUCUUCUGGUGCCAAAGAACAAAUAAAAGGAGAAGAAAAGAAGAUGAAAGAAAAAAUUGAAAAAAAAGGAGAGAAGAAGGAGAAAAAACAGCAAGCAGUAACAGGAAGUGCUGACUCUAAGCCAAUAGAUGUUUCCCGUCUGGAUCUCCGAAUUGGUUGCAUCAUUACUGCCAGAAAACACCCUGAUGCAGAUUCUUUGUAUGUUGAAGAAAUAGAUGUUGGAGAAUCAGCCCCGAGAACAGUUGUCAGUGGCCUGGUGAAUCAUGUUCCUCUCGAUCAGAUGCAAAAUCGGAUGGUGGUUUUACUUUGUAACCUGAAGCCUGCAAAGAUGAGGGGAGUAAUCUCUCAAGCAAUGGUAAUGUGUGCUAGUUCACCAGAGAAAGUUGAAAUCUUGGCUCCGCCUAAUGGAUCUGUACCUGGAGACAGGAUUACUUUUGAUGGCUUCCCAGGAGAGCCUGAUAAGGAGCUAAAUCCUAAGAAGAAGAUUUGGGAGCAGAUCCAGCCUGAUCUUUACACUAACAAUGAGUGUGUGGCCACAUACAAAGGAAGUCCCUUUGAAGUGAAAGGGAAAGGAGUGUGCAGGGCUCAGACCAUGAGCAACAGUGGAAUCAAAUAAAAUACUUCCCUUACUGGAAUACGCUGGAGGGAACUUUAAUAAUAAUAAAAAGUACCAUGUUUGUCACUAGACCCAAAAUAUGACUGGUCAUUUUUGUGUCAUUUCUUGUUUAGAUUUCACUAACCUUUAACCUUUUAUAUGUUGUUUUUGAUUGGGGAAGCACUACAAUUUUUUUUCCUAGAGUUUUUGAUCAUAUAUAAUAGAGGGAAGAAAUUGCAUAUGUUUUGUGAUUAUUUGUUUUGUAGUGAGGAUACUGGUUAGAAGGUUGUUUUUUCUUCAUACAUUUAGAUAACUUGAGCUAAAUUAAUAUCUAGUUUUUUAUUUGUCAGAACAUGAUGCAUGAAAUUUAAAAACCUUGGAUUUUUAGUAUAUUGUACACCUGUAUUUUAAAUGUCCUUCUUCAAAAAUAACUAGUUGGGAUUUUUAUCAGACUUACUAUAGGCAUAUUGUAAUGAUACCAAAAAUGAUCAAUAAUAAGAGCCAAACAUGAAAACUAGGAGAUAUGGCAUUUAAACAUUGUGCUUUAUUGCCAAAGUGACCCUUGAUUUACAGCGAUUAAAGUGACUUUAAAUAUUAAAACUUC